AUGAUUCCCCUUCCGGAAGUCACCGCAUCCAACAAGCGCAUCGCUGUCAGCCUUCCAUCCGGCCUUGUCGCUGUCUUCGUCGGCGGCACCAGCGGCAUCGGGGAGUACACCUUCCUCAAACUCGCCACUUACGCCGUCAAGCCCCGCGCCUACAUCGUCGGCCGUUCGCGUGAGGAUGCGGACCGCAUCAUUGGCGAAGGCAAGCGAAUGAAUUCGGGCGGUCGCUUUGAGUUCAUCCAGGCGGACGUGAGCAUCUUGAAGAAUGUUGACGACGUGUGUCGCGUGUUGAAGGAGAAGGAGGAAGCGAUUAACAUUUUGUUCAUGAGCACGGGGAGCAUGGCCUUCAAAAAGAAGACGGCCGAUGGUUUGAACCUCCCAUUCUGCUUGUACCAGCACAGCCGCACGCGCUUCGUCCUCGGCCUCCUGCCCCUCCUCCAGCGGGCAACAUCUCUUCGCAGGGUCGUCAGCGUCGGUGCCGCCACGCUGGAGGGCGUCAUAGAUCUUGCCAACAUCACCGGCGAGGGCUUUCCCUUGAAUCAGUGGCGCGACCAGGGCGCUGCCAUCCACACUCUACUUUUAGAGCAUGUCGCGCGGGAGGCCCCCGAUGUGGGCUUUGUGCACGACGUGCCUGGCGUCGUCAAGAGCAAGAUCACGCGCGACGCUGAGGGCUUCGGGAUGAGGCUGCUGAUUGCGGUGACGGGCGUUCUGGGCCCGCUCAUCCGGACCCCCGUCGAAGAGACCGGAGAGCGGCACCUGUUCCUGGCUACCAGCGCGCUGUUCCCGCCCGCAAAAGAUGCUGCUCAUGCCGGGCUUUCGUUUGAUGGGCGGCUGGAUGCCGCGAGGGGAACGGAUGGUAAGCUCGGAAGCGGGGUAUACUCGGUGGACAACAAAGGUGAGAGCGCAUCGACGAGAGUCGAGGAAAUUCUCGCAACACAUAGGAAGGAUGGCACCGCGGACAAAGUCUGGGAGAUUGUGUCUGGCGACUUUAAGAAGAUCUUGGGGAGUGUUUGA